GAGGAGGCGGGUCUCGGCCUCCCUGCCUGGCAUCUUUCUUUCCUUCCCGCCCCCCAGAUUUUUAGAAGGCCCAGCCCUUGGGGCGGUGUGGCGUCAGCAUGGACGGCAGUGCCCCUGAGCAGCUGCAGGCUCCUGUGCAGACAGUGCCUUCACUCAACAUAAACAGCAUGUGAGCUGGGGGUAGAUAAGCAACAACUCCACUAAACGCCCCUGGCUGAGUGACUUGCCAAAGAGCCCAUCACUGUCAUGCAUGGUUAUCCUUGGUUGGCUGAGUUGUGAUAUCAUUAGCCGUGUGUGCCAGUCUGUUGACCUUGUCUCAGAGCAGAGGAGGCUGCUGAAGGCUCAGCUUUCUAACACUUUUAUCAGACCUGUUGCUGCUGAGGAAGAAAUUUUGGUGGCUUUUUUCUUCUGAAGAAUGUAACAAACGUAAGAGGAAACUAGAAAGUCAUUGGUUAGCACACUGGGAGAUCUUAUUGAUGCAGAGUCGUAUGAAAGUGGGAACAACUACAAAGGAAGAAAGUCCCUGCAUCAUCCCUCUGUUGUGAAGAAAUCUACUGUCAGCAUCCAAAUCUAACAGACUCAGACAAUUUAGGGUGGAAUACUAUGAAGCUAGUGCACAAUCUGGAGCUGCAGUUUUGACCUUUGACUUACUUCUUCCUGUUUGGUCAGAGAUGGAAGCAGAUUCAACUGUCCCAAUUUGGCAGAACAAACCUUAUGGCUCGGCACGCAGCUUUGUGAGAAAGAUUGGGACAAACCUUCCUUUGAAGCCGUGUCCUAGAGCAUGCUUCCAGGAAUUACCUAAUGUUUCAGAUCUUUAUUUAAAUGACACGCCCCCUGUCCCCACUCUGGCAGACGUAGCAUGGAUAGCUUCAGAUGACGAAGAAACAUAUGCUAGAGUCAGGACAGACACUCGUCCACUAAAGCACAAAUGGAAGCCCACGCCACUUUUCGUUAUUCAGCGGAAUGCCUCUGUCCCAAAUUUGAGAAAGCAAGAAGAAAAGCUGCUGGCUUUGAAGAAACCGGGUUUACCCGCUUUGAGUCGGACAACAGAGCUCCAAGAUGAACUGAGCCAUCUGCGUAGUCAGAUUGCUAAGAUUGUAUCAGCAGAGUCAGCUUCCACUUCAUUAACACCUGAUUUAUUAUCACCAGGAAGUUCAAAUGUCUCUUCUCCCUUACCUUGUUUUGGAUCCUCAUUCCAGUCUACAACUUCCUUUGUCAUUAGUGACAUUACAGAGGAGGAGGCAGAAUUAGAAAGCCCAGAGCUUCCAUCCGUUCCCAUGCUUUGUUCUGCAACCUCUGAAUGUUGUAAAGCAGACCCAAAGGAUUCCGACGACGAAGAUUCGGUGUCCCUGUCCAAGGCCAGCAGUUUUGCCGAUAUGAUGGGCAUUCUUAAAGACAUUCAUAGGAUGAAACAGAACAAAGACUUGAACAGAACUUUACUGAAAGAGGAGGAUCCUGCAAUUCUUAUAGCAGAGGUUUUAAGAAGAAAGUUUGCCUUGAAGGAUGAAGAUGUAAACAUGAAGAAGAACUGAAAUUAUGCUCAUUGGUUACCUUGUAAAGUAAAUUAUCGUUCUCCUAAGAUCUUUCUCCACAGUGGCUGCCUUCCUUGAACAUCAAAAGUCCUUUAGGGAUUAGGUUUCUACUCUGUAUGUGCGUGUGCUGGAAGGGGGAAUAAUUCCUACCCAAGCAGAACUGUGAAUUUGCUGUUUUCCACACAGCCAAGAGAGACUUUAAAAAGGUAAAUGGUUUUCCACAUUUUGAACUGAAGCAUUGUUAGCAAAGUAGCAAGAUGAAUUAAAAAGGAUCUAUUCAUAAUUUUGCU